AUGCCUCCAAAGAAAAAUGAACCCAACGGCCCGACCGCCACGCGCAAACGGAAAUGCCAGGAAGAUGACGAGAUUCCAAAGCCAAAAACAUCAUACAGAAAGCUAAUGCCUGCUUCUGAAAAGCCCAGGAGAAACCCAGGCGGCACAAUGGUCCUGGACCAAUAUCAUACUCUUGGACAUGGUCCAGUUUCGAGGCCUCAAGGUCUUGCCGCUGGUCCCAGUCCAGCAAUCAACCAAGAAGCAUCUGGUGCACCAUAUUUUCCUCGCUUAGUGAUCCCUUACGGAAGCCACAAUGAGCAGGAAGCUCGAGAUCGUAUCUCAAAUCUGUAUCAAAUGGGCGGAAUGGGGCCUGCUGUGUCCUCAUCAGGAAUGAUGAGCUCUCAACCACCACUACCACCAAGCCAAAAUGUUGUUGGCUUCGGAGUUCCUACCAUUUGGCAUCCUGAGUAUGAAAGAAUGUUCCAGGAAUCCUUGAGGCGUGAACAAGGGGGGUUCUUGAGUGAGCCCCCCAGUAUGUUCAAUCUCAAUAUGGAUGGGAAUUACAACGGCGCAGACUUCGGUUGGAUGAAUAACACGGUCAUGAUGGAUCCACAAUUCUUCCCACAUCCUGCUCCACUGCAAACUGGUUACGAAAGCGCUGUAACAACGCCGGACACAAUCUUCUCUUCGGAUCAUGCUCCUGCCUCCUUCCCAGGUAGCUACGAUGGAACCAUUGACCCAGCUAUCCUGUCAUCCGCAAACGAAGUUCUGCAGAACGAUGACAUGACCAUUUCGAUGAAUGCUGCCCAUGCGUUUAACAACACUGAGGAGGGUGGUGUGGACAUUGGCUUCAACGACCUCCUGCCUCAAAUCCAGGAACAACAGUCGCAACCUCAAUUCCAAGCUCAGGGCAUCGACCUCCAUCAGGAAGGAAGUCACAACCAGCAGCCACCAACAUAUGCCCAAUCGUAUGCUUCAGGCUACGUUGACAGCUACCCUUCGCAACAGCAGCGACCCUGGUCUAUGCCAAUCCACGCCAACGGCUUCCCUCUGGCACAGCAGCAAUCCUGGUAUAUGCCAAACUACAUCUACGACCCUCCACAACAGCAGGCACUACCUUCGUAUACGCCAACCUUCCCCAAUGUCUCUCUGCAACAGCAGCAGGCAUUACCACCGUAUGCGCCACCCUUCCCCCAUAUUCCUCUGCAACAACAGCAGCCGCUACCCUCAUAUGCUCCAUCCUUCCCUAGUGACCCUCUGCAACAGCAGCAGAGACGACACCCAGAUAUGUCUCCUUACGCCAACCGCCGCCCGCAACAGCACGGACCAGCUCCACAACGCCCUUCAUGGUACCAGUCCUCCCAUGCGUCGCCCGCUCAUUUCAACAACAUUGUCGGCCAUAACAUCAUGUUGAACCAUGUCCCCUCAUUGUCAUCGUUGUCAUUGUUGUCAAGGGUGCCAUCGUUGUCGGUUCCGUACGAAAAUCCCGCCAGUCCUGAUAUCGGACAACAAAAUCAUCUGCAACAACCGCAGGUGGAAACGACAAGCGGACAGAAUGAAGCGGCGAAAGAAGGGGAGGAAUUUUUUAUCGAAGAUCUUGUUACCGAGGAUACAAAGGAAGAAUAG